GUCAAGCAGUGUAGCAAACUGUCAAUAAACACAAUAGAUUGUCCACAGUGACUUAAAAUCAAUGCUCCCUAAGCAUAUCCUUAAUAGGAAGGAGAUAAAGGCAUGUUUUCAUCAACAAAAAGGAACAGCCAUGAAAAAUCAAAGAGAAACAGAUCAGUACUGCACACAUAACCAUUCAUUAAUGUAACUUAAACAGGCACUCUGUAGAAAUCGUGAAGAUUAGACUCCACAGAUUGUUAAUAAGUUGCUACACAAUAUUUGGCACUACAACCGAAGAAUCCAACACACUGGUGUUCUACAAACAGCUAAGACCCUUGACCUUCAUCAGUAUGAACCUGACUGCCCAUUUCCUGGACCUCAUGCUGAAGGCUUCCAACCUCUCUCGCUGGCAGUUCAUACAGGAAUUCUCCAUUCCUCCUCUGGUGGCUGUGCCCAGACUCCCUAGCGCCCUGCUUCCGGUUUUUGGCCUGCUCUACGUGCUCAUCUUUGGGCUUGCAGUGGUGGGAAAUGGGGCGGUGCUGGUUCUCUUAUGUCACAGGAAGGCUCUGCAGUCUCCCAGCACCUUCUUCAUUUGCUCUCUGGCACUCAGUGACCUCCUUAUAUCCAUAGUGUGUGUUCCUGCCACACUGCUGCAGCACUUCUUCACCAACUGGUUGGCAGGAGAUUUUCUGUGUAAGUUAAUACCAUUCCUACAAGUGACGGCCAUCGGGACCAGCAUGCUCACCAUGACAUGUAUUGCUAUAGAACGUUUCCAGGGAAUCCUUUAUCCUCUGCAUGUCCGCAACAGCUACUUUCUUUGUCAUGCCUUCAAAAUGCUGGUGGCUGUGUGGUUGGUUGCCCUCGCAAUCGCGGCUCCCAUGUGGUUUGUUCAGAAAGUAGAGGUGAAAUAUGACUUCCUGUUUGAUGUCCACCAUACAUGUUGUUUGGAAGUAUGGCCAAGCCAGAGGCAGAGGAGAGCCUACACUACCUGUCUGUCCGUCUUGGUGUUUCUGGCCCCCUUGGUGACCAUGGCCAUCCUGUACUGGAAGAUCAUGCGAGAGCUCUGGGGCAAGCACAAAGUACAUGAUGUCAUGUUUCAAAUGCUCCCGGGAUCUGAAAUCAGCAAGAUUACCAGGAGGAAGAAGCGUGCAGUAAGAAUGAUGGCCACCGUGGUGAUGCUCUUUGUCGCCUGCUGGGCGCCGUUCCAUCUGGUCUCCCUCCUGCUUGACUACGGUCAGCUGGACCUUGAUCUUGACUCCGAGUUUCUCUUAGUCAGCGUGGUUCAGAUCCUAGGAUUCAGCAACUCUGUGUGUAACCCGCUGGUUUAUGCUGCCCUCAACACCACCUUCAAAAGGGACCUGCUGGCUCUGCUCACCCGAGGAUGUUCAGGAGCAAGAGGUUGUUGCUGUAGCUCAUGUUCCUGUUGGUCCUGGAGGAGUCACAGACGAGUGGGCAUCUCAGCAGUGGAAUCAGUGGAACCCAGACAGGGCCUGGAGACAACGUGUAGGCAACGAGGGAUCAGAUCGUGUAGUAAAACAGCAUGGGAGGCUGAACCAGAGAGGCCUACGACUAACAUGUUUCCCCCCAUGAACCUUCUCAGCGCCAUCAGGCCCAAAAAGACCUCCAGUACCAUGAUACUAAGUGUUAUUGACCCUCCACACACAAACAGCACGUCUGGAUCGGACCGGCAUCUCAAUCUCUGAGCCUCUGAAGACCACGUAUGAACAAGACCACUUACAGCACAUCAUUAGUUUUGGUUCGGCUCGGAGAAAGACCAAAACACACUAGAUAGCUUAGACCAAAGAUCAUACUUUCAAUGCAGCCUUCCUAGACUUAUAUUUUCCAGCUAAAUGUGUAAAAUAAUGUCUCAUUCAUUAUUUAUUUGGAAUUUCUACAUGAAAUCUCUUUGAACGUUCACCAAUACAUUUUGUAUUUAAAUUUUGUAUUAAAGGGGGGGUGAAAUGCUAUUUCAUGCAUACUGAGUUUUUUACACUGUUAAAGAGUUGGAUUCCCAUGCUAAACAUGGACAAAGUUUCAAAAAUUAAGUUGUACGUUUGAAGGAGUAUUUCUGUUCCAAAAAGUUUCUGUUUUCUGUCACAAGUUUCGGAAAGUUUUUUUCGAGUAUGGCUCUGUGUGACGUUAGAUGGAGCGGAAUUUCCUUAUAUGGGUCCUAAGGGCACUUCUCCCGGAAGAGCGCGCGCUCCCGUAUAGCAGAGCAGAGAGAGGCUGUGCACAGACAAUCACUGAUUAGAGCGAGAGCAUCGCGAAAUGUCACAAAAGGAGUGUGUUUUUGGUUGCCAGGGCAAGACAACCCUGCACAGAUUACCAAAGAAAAAACAGCAUUAAGGGACCAGUGGACGGAGUUUAUUUUUACAGAGCAUCAACGGAGUUGUGCAAGUGUUUGUGUUUGUUCCCUGCAUUUCGAAGAUGCUUGUUUUACAAACAAGGGCCAGUUUGACGACGGAUUUGCGUAUCGUUUAUUUCUUAAGGAUGAUGCAAUCCCAACGAAAAUGGGUCACGAUCGUGUGUUGGAACCGCAGGCGGCGAGUAAAACUGUUUAAAAUAUCUCUGCCUCCUUGUUAGUGCGUCCGCCUCCCAUCGGAGACCCGGGUUCGAGCCCCGCUCGGAGCAAGUCGUUGCUACUGCUGCUCUCGUUCAGUUUCAGCCUCGGGAUCUGAUUCUGGAUCAUAAAUAAACGGCUGAAUCUGACUAUUAGCCAUGGUUUAUUUUGGAUGAUGGUUUUUUUCUCAAGGCAAUGUCAGAGCCAUUAAAUAUGUUUUUCAAAGGCUCUGGGUAAUGUCACAGCUUCCAAACGCUCUCGACGCAAAAGCCUACUGCCGCUCGUGAUUCUUUAGCUCCGCCCACACGUCACGCAUCUAGGCGCUCGUGUUUUCCGGGAAAAAUCGGUACAGACUAUCUUUCUCUUAUGAAUAUAAUAAAACUAAAGACUUUUUGGAGUUAUGAAGGAUGCAGUACUACUCUAUAGGUACUCAAGAUUAACAGGAUAUUGAGUGAAAACGAGCAUUUCACCCCCCCUUUAAGCUGAAACCACACAUACACAAAAAUUACAUACUAUGGGUAGAAUUAUAAACAUGUAAAGAUUAAAUCUUUUCUUCAGGCCAAAAAAAGAGAGAAAAAAAAGUGUGUUCCUCUGCAUAAAAAUGCAGAUACGUAUAUAUAUAUAUAUAUAUAGCUGACUGAGAGGUCUAUAAACUGGGUCUGUAUAAUACAUGAUAAUUGUGUUUGAAGUGGUUUCAAAGAUGACACAUUUGCUUGGCGUUGAUUUAGAUAGCGUCAUAUGUGAUAAAAGAUGUGUGGAUUCCUAACUUCAGGCACACGGUUGCACGGUUUAGAAUGAAGUACAAAUUCAUAUACGCACAAACGUAUUAAUGAGAAGUUCUCCUGUGCGUAUCAUAAUGAAUAAGCCACGCAUUGAUUAGUGAAUGAGACACAGUUUCUUUUGAUGUCAGUUUAUGGAGUGUAGCUUUAAAGAUUAUUUGAUGAUUGUUUGGCUGUGCGUUCAUGUCUCAUAUCCAGGAGUGUGCUUGCAUCAUGGAGUGUGGAUUCUGUCUGCAUGGAUGGGGCCCAAAGUCUACUGGAAGUUCUGGGAGUCAGCAGGUACUCGCAGAGGUCUUUGGAAGUGCCCGGCAGAGUGCGGAUGACACCUUCCAUAAAGCCUAACAACAUGCGGAUUUACAUUAAGACAGUUGUAGAGUUUGCUACAUGCAAUGUUUUAUAAUUUGAGACAACCUGGCGAUGGAGAUUACAUACAGGUUUUGCACCCUGAUACCUCAGCCCAUCAUAGUAUGAACAGCUUUAUGAUUAUAACUAUUUAAUUAAAAGAUGGUAUUUUAAAAGAUUGUUAACGUGUAUAUUUUUCUAUUGCUAUGCACAUCAAGUAGCUUAGAUGAUUUCAUCUGUAUAUCUUUGUUACACUGUGACUUAUUUUGAUGUUCCACAUUGAAAGUCUUCUGUCACUGCAUACCAUUCUCUUUUAUGAACACUAAAGUCUUCUUUA